AUGACUCAUGAACUUCACCUGAGUUCCAACUCUGAAAGUUCCAAGAACAAGAGUCUUGCUCUUAAGGCUCAAGACUCAGAAGAGUCGAAAGCUGAUGAGGAAGAAAUGGCAAUUCUAGUUAGAAAAUUCAAAAGGAUGAUGAACUACAAGAAGUUUUAUAGGAACAAGAAGUAUGCAAGUUCCAGAAACACAACUUGUUUUAAAUGUGGGUCUAAAGAUCACUUCAUCAAAGAUUGUCUUCUACUAGACGGUGAGAAAGUAAAGACAAAGGGCAAGGAGCAAUCCAAAGAGUCAAGAGUUUAUAAGCCUUUCUUCACCAAGGACAAUGUGAAGAAAGCCAUGAUAGCUUCGUGGGGAGAUUCAGAUUCAGAUUCUGAGGAAGAUCAACUGUCAGAAGAAGCUGCACAUCUAUGCUUGAUGGCAAAAACUGAUGAAAAGGCAAAACUGAAGGAACUAGAAUCUGAGGUAUGGUUUUCUCAAAAAGAACUUAGACAUUUCUCUAAAGAAAACUUAAUAUUUGUUGUUUUAGAAAUUCAAGAAGAAUUGAAAGAAUUGCACAGAGCUAAACAAUAA